UUAUACCAACAUCAGAAAUGUUUUAAAGCGGAAAAACUGCGAAACUAGAGCACUUAAUGAUAGUUUUAUGAUUCUAUUCCACUGCGGCACACAGAAUGUCUUUAAAACCAAGACAAAUGUGUUUUUUACACCAAACAGGAAGCUGAGCGCGGAGUGCUGCGGUCAAACUUGCUCUCAGAGGGUCACUUUUGAUCAUCUCCUGGCGGGAAGCAUUAUUGAAGUGGGUGACACUCUCUUCUCGUCUGAGGAACUCUUUUCUGGGAGGUCACGUGAGAGCCGAAGCCAGACUGAAGCAGAACCGACGCUGAGGUGCUCAGGUUAGGGCUGCUGGGAUUGAGAGGACACCCUUCUGCUGGCGGAGAACAUUGAAUUUUUCAUUAGAUUUGCAGCUGGUUGUGAACGCGACGCUCAACAUGUCAAACAAUUCAUCGUGUGUCAUUAUGACCCAGUCGGGAAGUCACGUGCUGAUGUCCAUUAACAUCAUCGCCUUCAUUCUGGGGAUACUGUUCAACUUGGUCACCAUCGGUCCCAUCAUUCAGCAGAUCUGCAGAAAGAACAUUUUAGGCAUCUACCUAUUCGGUCUAUCCAUCUCCGAUCUCCUCUACAUCCUCACCAUGCCUCUGUGGAUCCAUUAUUUUGCAAACAACCACAAAUGGAUGCUCAGCCAGGAAAUGUGCAGUCUUGCAGGCUUCUUUUACUACUCCAACCUCUACAUCAGCAUCUAUCUCCUUUGCUGGAUCUCCAUCGAUCGCUGCCUGGCCAUCACCUUCCCACUGCGUGUCCAAUCCUUCCGGUGCCGACGCUAUGCCUGGAUGAUCUGCGGGCUGGUUUAUGUUUUUGUCAUGGCAGUACAUUGUCUGAUGCUGUACUUGGAUGAAGUGUCGGAUCCGCUGGACGACAGUGAGAAGAGAUGCUACGAGACCUUUCCGAUGACGAGACGCAUCGCCCUCUUUAACCUGAUACGCGUAGGCAUCGGUUUCUUGUUGCCUCUUGUGGUCAUCACGGUCUGCUACUGCUUGAUUCCAAGCAAGGUGCAACAAAGCACGGGGGUGGACGAGCACGGCAAACGCAAAGUGAGACUGCUGUCUAUUGGAGUCAUUGUUAUUUUCUCUUUCUGCUUUGCGCCAUACCAUAUCAUCCUGCUGUUACGAUCAAUCGCCUUCUUCUCGGUGGGGGCCGCAAAAAGUUGCUACUUUGAACAAGUGAUGUAUUUGCCUUUCACUUGUUCUCUGGCUCUGUCCAGUCUAAACAGCGUGGUUGACCCGGUGCUCUAUGUGCUCGCCAGCAAUGGUGUCAGGGAGGACAUGCACUUAUACUGUUGCAAAAAAAAGCUGAGACAAGAGACGGGAAGCACUCUCAUUGAUUCAAAAUUAAGGACCAGAUUAACACAUUUGACUUAAAGCCAACUUUGAAACGGUGGGUUUGUUAAGAAUGAAUUACGUCUGUUAAUGCUGUUUGUGUGGUUUUAGCAUCCGGCUUACAAAGGGAAUUGUGCAAAUCAGAUAACAGUACUAAAACGCCCUAAGUUUUCCAUCUUACAGGUCAAAUGUGAGUGCUGACUUAGGCUCAUGAGUUUUUAAAAUGCUCGAUUACACCACAUGCUGAAAAUAUGCCCGGUGAUGACGCACUCAAUGAAUUAGCUACGUCAGCUAAAGCAAACACAUUUACCAUCUAUGAAAAGCUCAUUUAGUUCGUGUAUAAACAGGAUUUCAGGUGUUUUGGAUAUAAGUGACAGGAUUUUGUGAUGUAAAACUAGAGCAUUCAAGUAAUAAAUUGCCCAAAAAUGAAAAUUCUUUCAUCAUUUAUUUACCCGUCUGUCAUUUUAAACCUGUAUAACUUUUUUUUACGCGGAACACAAAAGAUGAUAUUUUGAAGAAUGAUGUGAAACCGAACAGCAAUGGCAUCCAUUGCCUUGCAUUGGUUUUGUGUUUACGCAAUAGUGAACGGGUGCCGUCACCGUUCGGUUACCGACAUUCUUCAAAAUAUCUUCUUUUGUGUUCUGCAAAAGAAAUUCAUACAGUUUUAUAAUGACAAGAGUGUGAGAAAAUCAUGACAAUCAUGUCCCUUUAAUUCAACCUUGCGGUGUUUGUAAUCAGACUCCAUUUUUGUCCCCCAAAAAGCAUGCAUGUUGUUUUAGUACCCAACUUUCAAAGAAAAUUUUGCAAAACUAACACAAUUUUACACAAAAAGUGUACACACACAAUAAUUCAAUAAUAAUUUCCCAAUUUUUUUUUUAAACGUUUAACCUAUGAAAAGAGCCCAUCAAGCACAUUCAGAUUAUGUUUUACCCUCUGGAGUCUGAAGGUGUUUUGGGACCCUUCAGAAGUUUUGACAUGCCCUAAAAUUUUGUCAGUAGUUUAUAACUUUAAUUCAGGUGUUUUGUGAAUAUGUUGCAGCUUUUGUGCUGUCAUACUAUCUGCAAAAAGAUGGAAUUACGUUGUUGUUUCUUCUCAAAUGGCAUAAAUGUCACUGUGUCCAUGUGACCAUAAAGAGGAUGUGUACAAAUUGCACUUUGGGAUUUUUGCUAUAACAGGAACUAGAUCUCUGUCUUUGAAGGACCCUUGAAUCACUUGAACUUUCUGUGUAAGAUCUGUACUCGGUCUAAGUGUUGUUAUUGUGGGAUAAAUCCUGUCUUGUUUGUCCUGUUUAUAUGUCAGAUUACUCCCUGUAACUCACCGUUGAAAUAGUUCUAGCAGCUAAAGAACAUUUAAUCUGUCUGUAUGUAAAAAAACAACCUGUUGCAAAGUGAACAUUUAGAUGCACAGCAUGUUGCCACUGUUCUCCACGUAUCCUUCAUCAUAUUGUGCUCAACAAAUGCUGCAUUUUAUCUCCUUCGAUUUACCGUAUUUAAUGCUUAACACAAUUUGUGCUGAAUGAGACAAAAGCACUGAUUUUCGCCGUAACGAGACAUCGAAGCAAGCGAUUGCUUUCCAAGGAGACAAAUUCAACAGAGAGCGUUCACGGAAACUGUUAGGGUAGAGCGUUUGGGUAGCAUCUCCAAUCCUAAUCACCCACAAUACACUCUGUACAGUUUUUUUCCACCGACAUGAUUGCCUACUAUAGAUGAGUGCCUCUCAUGUGUCUGCAUUCUGAACCCUUUGUGAGUCUGAGAGCUGGAGUGCCCAUUCUGUUCUACUGUAAAAUGCCACGGACCAACUCGACGGAGUGAUUUCAGAGCAUGAGCGAGUGCCUGAUCUGCAGUCUGAAUGGAUUAAAUGACUGCUCGCUUUCACAUGUUGCUCCAGAUGCUGCCUACCAUGCGUGGAACAUGCACGAUGUCAUUUAUCAUCGGGACUGACUUGUUUGUGUUAUCAGUUUUAUUUGGAGAUCAAACUUUUUUCCCAGGUACAUGUAAGGAGACGAAGCCACAUAACAACCGUAUUGUGUAACAAUAGAGCUAAUGUGAGCCGGUCUGCAUUGCACGAUAGGAUGCUUCAGCCGACGGCUCACCGCAACAGGGAUUUUGAGCACAACAGCAUAGAACACUGUGUCUGCUUUCCUUCUCUCAGGCAAUUGAUUUUCACCCUCCUUAGACACAGACACCCGAUGAGGGGAGAGAGCUUGUUCAUAUAGGAGGCUUAAUGCAUUAAAAUGCAGAUCCUUUUUCAGUAAAUAGGUGGAACUUAUGGAUCUUACAUUUUAAUCCAAAUUCCAAAAAACGUAAAUUUUGUGAAUAGAAAUGCACAUAUUGUUUUGAUGUCAACUAGAUUAAUUUAGCAAAAGCGUAUGGAUGAUUAGCUUUACUGUAGUGGGUUUUAUUUCCAUUAUUCCUAAUGGUGAUUCUCAUUAGAUUCUGACUACUGUUAAUUGCCGUCAGUGCCACGCAAGUUAUUGCGUAGAUGGAACGCAACGGAGUGAAACAGCCAACAGGUGUCUAUGAGAGCAGCUUCGCGAAACAGAGAAUGUCGUCUUUAGUGUUCCUCAGAAGAAAGGUUUCGAACCAUGCAGGUUUUGAACAACAUGGGUGUGAAUAAAUGAUUACAGAAUUUUAUUCAUUUACUGAAUAAGUGAUUUAUAUUUUUACAUUACAGUAAUGUUAUUCUUAUAGCCUAGGGCGAGUGUGCUUAAUCUAAAAACCAAAAAACAAUGUAACAUGUGAGUUACUUAGAGACUGACUGCAGUAUUGUAAAAUUUGAUAACAGGGAAGGAAAGAGUCAUAAACUAGAUGUCAAAAAAAUCUAACCUAACAAUGAAGCCGUCAGCGAUUUAUGGUGUGUUUUGAGUGACAUUAUCACUAUCACUCUGACAAAUAUUCAAGUGACGGCACCUCAGAGCUUGGAAUGACCUUUUGUAUUUAAAUCCCUCACAGGGAUAUAUCAGGCCAAACCAAGUGCAAUUUACGUAUAAUGUAUAAAAUGAGAAAAGACAUUGCCAGAUUGGAUACAUUCAGGUCCUGCUUUUUUUCCUGACUGUCUCCUUGCUACUCAAUAGGUCUCCUGUGUCAUUUUUGGAAGAGUUUGGUAUUGUUUAGUGACUAAGGAGAUCGAAUUUGUCUCAUUUAAUCCUACACUCAUGAAUCUACUGUAUCAUUAGGGAUUGGAAAUAUCUUGAUAUACAGCAACAAACGAUUGAGUCACAAAAUGAGUUCAUGCAUCAUUGUCACUGUGGACAUUUGACAUUUGUGGGAAAGACUUUUACUGACAAUUUAUAUUGAUUUAAAUGUGUUUUGAUGUGUAAUUUAUGCUGUGUUGUGGUAUUAUCAUUUUGUUUGUUACAAUAAAAUAAAUCUUUGAGUAAUCUCAUAAACUUUUUUAAAUAUAAGCUAAAUGCUCUUACUGGUACACUGUAAAACAUAUAUCUGUAAAAUGGCUGAAAAAUACUGUCAGCACAAGCACCAGUAAUCUACUGAGAUUCCACGGUAUGAAUACUGUGAAAUUGCUUUACAUCUUUUUACUGUGAAUAUGGAAAACGGUAUUUUAAAGUAUUUUUUAUUUUACAGUAAAACACUGGCAGCAGAGACACAAGUAAUCUUCUCUAAUUCUACAGUAUGAAUACUGUGAAACUGAUUUAAAGCGUAUUACUGUAACAAUGACAAACAGUAUUUUCAAGUUAUUUUAGGGCAAA